GAACCUUUACACAAGAUAUUUAAUGAAAUGAUGAACAGUGAAAGUACUGCUUUUAAAACAUUGGUCAUGACUUCACCUGAUAAAUCUCAACCACAAGAAUGGAAUAAUUUGGAAAUGUUGAAACCUGAGGGCCCAAGUUAUAAUGGAAUCACCAACUCUAGAUCAAUGGCAAAAUUAGGUGCUAUGAUGGCAAAUGGUGGUAAAUCAUUACCAAUCAAAAACAAAAACAAUAAUAAAAGUAAAUUUUUAUUAAAAGAACCUGAUUUAAUGUCAUCAGAAACUUUUAAACUUUACACAAUAAUAGAAAUUUUUUUAAAAAGUCAUGAUAUAAAAGGGUAA